AUGCUUCUUCCAGCUGUACUCCUGCUCUUGGCUGCUAUCCUGCAACAGUCGCUAGAAGAGGAUAAAUCAGUUGUACUAAGUGACACCAGUCCAGAAAAACAGGUUGAAAUUAUUGACAUGAUAAAUUCCAUCAGGAGGGACGUGACGCCAACUGCCAGGAACAUGCUGAAAGUGACAUGGAGUAGAGAAGCUAGCAGGAAUGCUAAGAGAUGGGCCGCUAAAUGUCAGUUUAGAAGCAGUCCCCAAGAGGAUCGAACUACUAGUUUGCAUAUGUGUGGUGAGUCCAUAACACAGACUAUGAUUGCCAAAAGCUGGUCAGAUGUAUUCGCAUCAUGGGCUGAUAAAAAGGUUUAUUACAAGUAUGGCGUUGGACCAACUGACCCAAAGAAAAACGUUUAUUCAUAUACACAGAUUAUUUGGUAUAAUUCAUACCUGGUUGGCUGUGCACUUGCUUACUGCCCAAUGAAUACCUUCCAUUUCUUGUACGUGUGCCAUUUUUGCCCUGGCGGGAACACUGAAGAGAAAAUAACAACACCCUAUAAAGAAGGUCCAACGUGCGCAGACUGUCUUAACAACUGUGAGGAUAAACUCUGCAAAAUGCUUCUUCCUCCUGUCCUCAUGCCCUUGGCUGCUAUGUUGCAACUUUCUCUAGGACAGGGAAAAUCACCCAACGUCCUGAAACUCUCUAAAAAGCAGCAAGUGGAAAUCAUUGAUGAAUUUAAUUCCAUCAGGAGGGAGGUGAAUCCAACUGCCAGAAAUAUGCUGAAAAUGAGUUGGAAUGAGAAAGCUGCGGAGUCUGCUGAAAAAUGGGCUACACAAUGUCAACCAAAAGUCAGUCCCUUAAAAGAUAGGUUAGUGGACGAACACAUUUGUGGUGUAACUAUAUCACAAUCAAAUUUUGUCAGAACCUGGUCAGACGUCAUCAAAAUGUGGAAGAAGUCAAAGUCCAGUUUCCAGUAUGGCAAUAUGUCAGCUGACCCACGGAAAAUGUCUUCGCCGUAUACUCAGAACUGUACUUUGAUGGUUGACCAUCAUGUUGCACUACUCCAUAAUUUCAGAGGGAAUAUACUGGAAAUGUUACCAAAACCCUAUAAAGAAGGCCCAUCAUGUGGAGACUGCCGUAACAACUGUGAGGAUAAACUCUGCAGGACUCUCCUUCUCCUGAGCAGGUUCCAGAGGCAACAUUGCAGGAAGAAAGGGGAUGUGCAGCUGAAGAGGAUGCUGGCCCCUCGGGAAUGCCCAGUGGAGGUCACCCUCCUUCAUCAUCUCCUGUCCCCAAUGGUUCAAGACUCUGAGCCAGAAGACUCUGAUAAUUUAGAUCAGAUUAAGAUUGGGAUCUGA